AUGACCAAAGUCAAGAUGGCACCCACAACGCUUUCAGAGUCUAAGGGCAGUGAAGCUAUUUCCCCGCCCCCUCCUUGGUGAAAACAAUUCCUUGCGUCUGGCUCUGAUUGGUGGAGGCGUGGUUGCCAGGAGUUAAAAUGGCUGUGUUCCGGGAAUAGAUUUAGUAGGGAGUGAAGCCGUGACGGCGGGGCGUUGCCCGGCCGAUCCUCGCUAGGCGUUCUCGUAGUUAUUGCCCUUAUUAGACAUGGCGCUGGCCAGCGUGUUGGAGAGGCCGCUACCGGUGAACCAGCGCGGGUUUUUCGGACUUGGGGGUCGUGCGGAUCUGCUGGACCUGGGUCCUAGCCCUAGCGAUGGGCUGAGCCUGGCUGCGCCCGGCUGGGGUGCCCCAGAAGAGCCCCGAAUCGAAAUGCUCCAUGGAACCACCACCCUGGCCUUCAAGUUUCGCCACGGAGUCAUUGUUGCAGCUGACUCCCGGGCCACCGCGGGUAAUUACAUCGCCUCCCAGACGGUGAAGAAGGUGAUCGAGAUCAACCCCUACCUCCUGGGCACCAUGGCUGGGGGUGCAGCAGACUGCAGCUUUUGGGAGCGGCUGUUGGCCCGGCAGUGUCGAAUCUACGAGCUCCGAAAUAAGGAACGCAUCUCAGUAGCGGCGGCCUCCAAGCUGCUUGCCAACAUGGUCUAUCAGUACAAAGGCAUGGGGCUGUCCAUGGGCACCAUGAUUUGCGGCUGGGAUAAGAGAGGCCCCGGCCUCUACUAUGUGGACAGUGAAGGGAACCGAAUCUCCGGGGCUGCCUUCUCUGUGGGUUCUGGCUCUGUGUAUGCUUAUGGGGUCAUGGAUCGAGGCUACUCCUAUGACCUGGAGGUGGAGGAGGCCUAUGACCUGGCCCGUCGAGCCAUCUACCAAGCCACCUACAGAGAUGCCUACUCAGGAGGUUGGGUCAAUCUCUACCAUGUGCGGGAGGACGGCUGGAUCCGGGUCUCCAGUGACAAUGUGAUUGAGCUGCAUGACAAGUAUAGUGGAUCUCUCCCCUGAAAAAGGGUGGAUGUGACUGCUGCAUUUCUUGGGGUGACUGUCAUUGGUCACCCCAUCCUAUAGUGGAAGAAACCUCAGAUGUAGCAGUACUUUUUAAGGCUCUAGAACAUUGACUUCUAUGUGUUACCAGUUGUUGAGGAGCUGCUGCAGAGGUGACUAUUUGUUUUACUUUCCUGGAUGUUAACAUUACACUACUCACUAUUCAACCUCA